CUUGGGUUGCUUAUUUGCUUUCUGCGUGCAGGAGUCUGGUAAAUCAUACAGUGUGGUUGUUGAGCGCUGUCUGCCGGUUAGAUUCUGUUUCAGCCUCAAUACUGUUGAAUCUGUUUUUCUGCUGGCAAAUAUGAAAUUGUCAGACAUCACUCCAUACACUCUGGCCUGGUUAUGAAGACUUGUUUAGUGUUUGAGUUCAAGCUCACUCUCCAUUGACUGAAAAAAUGUUUUAUUCCAACCCAGUGUUUUCUCUUCUGGUCAUACUUGUCCUUUCCCGGUGUGAUGAUCAAAUUUGCAUUUUGUCACUGCAUUUCAUUUCAUUUCUGUUUUAUCAAUGUCUUCCAGAUGCCCAGUUCUGCUGUACCUUAACCUGUCACUUAGGGCUGGACAUGAUUUUGUUUGAGAACAUAUUCAUACUUUUGUCCUCCAGUAUUAUGUUUUGAUUGCAAUUAAUAUGAAUGAUCCCAACAAUUACAUGACACAGAAACAUUCUCCUUAUAAAUAUGGAGAAAAUCUCUCGCUUUUCACUUUGUGUUUGGUCUGUUAUUCAUGCAGGCAAAUAUUUACUCAGUGUAACUUAAAAAAGCAACAGACAAAGGGGAUGGCUUGUGAUGGUUUUAGGUUAUGCCUUCUAAAUCAGACCAAUGACUUUUAAGCCAUGUCUUUGUGUCUACUGCAUAUGAACACCUAGGGGGCCAUAAUAACCUUCAUGUGGUCCUUGUUCACACUACAUUCAACUGGUGCGGUGUGGACUUGUUUUUGUGUGGUUCGAGCAGUUGGGGAGAGAGCGAGCGAGCGAUAGAGAGAGAGAGAUGGAGAGAGAGAGAGAGAGAAAGCCUCAUCAAAAUGGAUGCCAUACACCUCUGAGAGCACAGAGAGGAGGGAAGCUGAUCCUCUCGCCGUUUAGCUCAUCGAGCUGCAUUUUACGUCUAAUGAAAGAUACAGGGCCUUUUGCGUGCUUUAAAGGGGAAACUGGGGACUUGGUUUUCAGGAAUAGUGGACAGCAGUACUCUGCAUUGCAGCACUGUGGCUGAGGAGAUGAAGAAGCAGAAAAGCUUAUGUGGUACAUUGAGUUUAGCGUCCAAUCACGUACCUCGGACUGCUGCCUAAACCAAUCAGACGCCUGCAGCCUAGGUUAAAGAUUGACAAUUGCAGGAGGAAGCAGCAGGGAGAGGAGGCCUUCUGGGAUACUUGGAACCAUCGUUUCCCCUCAUUUCACAACGCCCUCUAUAAUUGAAAACAGUUAAAGAAUAGGAUGAAGAAUCUUUAUAGGAAGUAAAGACCACUGACACUCCAACAGAGGAAAUGGAAAGCUCAACGAGAUCUAGAGAUGCAGGCUCAACGACCCAGAAACGAAAGAUGCCAAGUCCGUCUCACUCAUCAAAUGGUCACGGCUCUGCUGACACAUCCCCCAGUCCAGUGAAAAAGAAGAAGAAACCAGGUGCUGUUAGCACCAAAGACCAGUCAGAACUAAGACAUGGUCCCUUUUACUAUGUGAAGCAGCCAGCACUCACCACAGAACCUGUUGAUGUUGUACCACAGGACGGCAGGAAUGACUUCUACUGCUGGUUGUGCCACCGCGAGGGUCAGGUGCUCUGCUGUGAGCUCUGCCCCAGGGUGUACCACGCCAAGUGCCUCAAACUACCAGACGAGCCUGAGGGCGACUGGUUCUGUCCGGAGUGUGAGAAAAUAACAGUUGCUGAAUGUAUUGAGACUCAGAGCAAAGCCAUGAUGAUGCUGACUAUAGAGCAGCUGUCUUACCUACUAAAGUUUGCUCUUCAGAAGAUGAAACAACCAGGUGAUCAUCCCCGCUUGUCAUCUCGCUCUCCCCAUGCAGCUUCCACGCAGAGAAAGACUUUUAAUUGGACUGAACUCUUCCAGAAACCUGUUUCCCUUGAUCAGCAUCCAGACUAUGCUGAAUACAUAUUUCACCCAAUGGAUCUUUGCACUCUUGAGAAGAACAUCAAAAAGAAAAUGUAUGGCUGCACAGAGGCCUUCUUGGCAGAUGUAAAGUGGAUUUUGCAUAACUGCAUCAUAUACAACGGAGGCAACCACAAACUGACAGCCACAGCUAAGGUUAUCGUCAAGAUCUGUGAACAUGAGAUGAACGAGGUUGAAGUCUGUCCCGAGUGUUAUUUGUCUGCUUGCCAAAAGAGAGACAACUGGUUCUGUGAACCAUGUAGUAACCCUCACCCUCUGGUGUGGGCUAAGUUGAAAGGUUUUCCCUUUUGGCCAGCUAAAGCUCUGCGUGACAAAGAUGGACAGGUGGAUGCUCGCUUCUUUGGUCAGCAUGACAGGGCUUGGGUCCCUUUAAAUAAUUGUUACCUCAUGUCCAAAGAGAUUCCAUUCUCUGUGAAGAAGACCAAAAGCAUCUUCAACAGCGCCAUGCAAGAGAUGGAAGUCUAUGUGGAGAACAUGAGGAAGAAAUUUGGUGUCUUUAACUACGCCCCUUUCAGGACACCCUACACUCACAACAACAGCUUUCAAAUGCUGCAGGACCCCUCUGACCCCUCAUCCACCCCUUUCAAGCCUGAGAAACAGGAAAAGAUCAAGUUGAGCUUUGACAUGACUGCAUCACCAAAGAUCUCCCUGGUUAGAACCAUGUUGUCAGGGGCUGGCAUUGGAGGGGUCACGGCAGGCCGUCGGCUGCCUCUCAGUGACAUGCCUCGCUCCCCCAUGAGCACCAACUCUUCUGCAAAUACAGGUUCAGAUGGGGAGGAUACAACAGACAAGUCCCAGGCAAAGGUCACAAACAGCCAGGGAAGUAUUGGCGAAGAGUCGGCGGACUCCACAGGAUCACCAGCUCCUCCUCGACCAAGUCAAGCUGACAAUUUAUUGGACGGCAACAAACCUUGCAACACCAAGCAAGAGAAGGCACAGCUGACAGGAAGCAUUUUGAACCUUAAUCUAGAUCGGAGUAAAGCAGAGAUGGACCUAAAGGAACUCAGUGAAACGGUUCUGCAGAAGCUGGGGACCACCCCUGUUCUCACCUCUCCAAAAAGGCAUCUUAAGAGCCGUUUCCAGAUGAACUUGGACAAAACCAUUGAAAGCUGUAAAGCGCAGCUCGGUAUCAACGAGAUCUCUUCUGAGGUAUACAAAGGUGUGGAACACAGUGACUCUGAAGACUCCGAGGGUAAAUCUGACUCUAGUGACACCGAGUAUGCCAGUGAUGACGGACCGAAGUUUGACGAUUCUCAGGAUACUGCACCUACUGACGAACCCCAGAACAAAAGUAGAGACCAAGACCAACCAUCUCUGAGCCAAGAGGGCAAAGCCAAUGCACCUCUGGUAUCUGAACCUGCAGCAGUGGAUGUGUGUGCAACGCCAUCAGAGAUGCCGGCUCAAGAGAAAGUUCCAGAGAAAGAGCAUCCAGAUAAGACCAAAUCCCCCCCACCAUUGCCUGUGUCUAGGCAGAAGGGACAGAUGAAAGAAGAUCUCAAGCAACAUGUUCCUGCGGAGGAUUCCGACUCAGAGAGGGAGCUGGUUAUUGACCUUGGGGAGGAGCAGGGGAAAAAGGACAAGAAGAGACGCAAAAAAGACGGCACUAAUGUUAAAGAGGCAUCUGCUGGUAAACCCGAAGGUAAAUCCCUGACCCCUUCAACAUUCCCGUCUCAAAACAGCACAACCCCUUCCACACCCUCCAGUGUUGCCUCUCAGUCCCCUAUGGCCAUUCCCGUCACCAUGAUCUCCCUCACUGCGCCUUCUGCUGCAAAUGUUAGCCUUGCCACGGUCUCCAAUGCCCCUGCGACACCACCUUCUUCCUCGUCAUCGUCAGCCUCGACCGCCCCUGCACUGAAGAAACAGCGCCCUCUGCUGCCUCGAGAGACAGUGCCAGUAGCGCAGAGCGCCGCUGUGUGGAAUCCCACCGCCAAGCUCCAGACCCCCUCACAGAAAUGGCACACGCGUCAGCAGCAGGGCCAGCAGCCAGUGGCGGCUGCACAAAUUCAAGCAUCGUCGCCCAGACAAGGCACGACGCAGGCGUCCAUCCAGGCAUCUGACAACAGCUCAACAUCAGUGUCUUCAUCUUCAUCGCAACAGUCUUCCCAAAGCACACGUUAUCAGACCAGACAGUCAAUUAAAGCUGUCACGCUGGUGUCCAGCUGUCCUGCUACAGGAUCGUGUUUAGGCACAUCAUCUCCAUCCUCAUCCUUGGAAACAGAACAGUACAUCUCUACAGCCUCAGGAGAUGUCGCCGCAGAUAUUGCCAAGUACACUAACAAAAUAAUGGAUGCAAUCAAAGGUACAGUGACUGAAAUCUACAGUGACCUCUCGAAGAGCACUUCAGGAAAUACUAUUGCUGAGAUGAAACGGCUUAAAAUUGAAAUUGAAAAACUACAGUGGUUACAUCAGCAAGAGUUGUCAGAGAUGAAGCACAAUCUUGAGCUUACAAUGGCUGAGAUGAGGCAGAGUCUGGAGCAGGAACGAGAACGCCUGGUGGCGGAGGUGAAGAAAGAAACUGAGCUGGAGAAGCAGCAAGCAGUGGAUGAAACAAAGAAGAAACAGUGGUGUGCAAACUGCAGAAAAGAGGCAAUAUUUUAUUGCUGCUGGAACACUAGCUACUGCGAUUACCCAUGCCAGCAGGCCCACUGGCCAGAACACAUGAAAUCCUGCACUCAGUCAGCCACAGCGCCACAGCAAGAACCCGAGGCAGAGUCAGCGGCAGAUUUGACAAACAAAGGUCUAGGACAGGCUAACUGUGGACCAAACACUCUCCGAGAAACACCAGUCGCUGCACCAUCAGAGAAAGACUGUGACACAGAAACAAGCAGUGACAAUGCUGCUGUCAGUUCAUCUUAACUGUGUGCAAUAUCAUUGAGAUUUUUUUUUUUUGGUCAUCCACUACACUGAUAUACUGUAUGUAUAUGUUCUCAAUAUUAGUGUUAAAGUGGCUGUAUGCAAAGUAUUUUUUAUUUAUUUGUUGGUUUUACAAUGUAGGGCUCAAUAAUGGCUACCCGUAUAGAGUGCUCAAUGUUUCGAAUGUGUAAACAAGACUGACAGCAGUUGUUUCCAAAAAAGAGGGGCCAGUUUAAAAAGAAAUGUGCACUACAUGCAGUAUCCAUGCAUUCUUUGUGGUCAGUAGUUUUUGAGAGCAUGCCUCACUCAAUUUUGUCUGAAAGACAACUGUUAAAACAGUCUACAAUGACAAAUAAUGUCACCUAUUUUAAUGGACUACUUCACUAUGAGGGUACUAUUGACAAACAUGUCUGUAUAGUCCACGUUUCAUUGUUAAUUCACCUUUCUUUGUUAUUCUUAUAUUGCUUGCAGUAUACUGUAAUCUGGAAAGAAGACAUUUUCAACAAGAUGUUUCUGUGGUUGUUCUUUUAACAAGUAGACUGCAGUAAAUUCAUUGUUUAGAAAGACCCAUUGAGUAUUGUGCCAUCCUAUCACAAAGGGGUCUUUGGUACGGUACCUUUGGUCCUAGUAGUUUGGGUGUGAUUGAAAAUUGUGACUGGCAAAAGGUUGAGCUUGGAUUAAUUUGGCUGAGUCUUGACUCGGGUAUCAUUACAAAUCUUUCGGCUUCUUGCUAUAAAUAGACACAAUCCCAGAAAGGUUGACAAUUGACACAGCGGCACGACAGUGUCACCCAUUAUUCAAGGGGGACAGUGUCCGAGCACCAGGAAAAUCCGCAAGUGAUUGA